GCAUCAACUCAUCCGCGAUUUCAAUCAUUCUCCGACUGCUGCGUGUCUUUCAAGCUUCAAAUAUUAUUCUCUUGUCGCAGAUCUCACUGAUAUGUGAUUGGCUCCAUGGUGCAGCUUAGUUUUUAAAAUAUUAAAAACUUUCUGCCCGUAGAAAGACUUCAGCCAUCCCAAAUAUCGAACCUCUGACUCACUUCCCCAAGCAGGGGCAUAAUACCUCCCCGCUGAUAGCUUCUUUGCGCUCAUUUCUUGGUGCAAUAAACGACUCGCACUUAUACCUGGCGCCAUCUACCUGCGUGCCGAAUAUUAACACCAGCUAGCGCAAUUACUAUCUGCCAGUGGGCGGACGUUUUCGCGCCCAAUGGCAACAACCAUGUCGUCCGCAGACAGUUCCAAGCCUUUUGACAUCGUUGCCACAUACAAUGACCUCCUCCUUUCCGACCCCGACCUUACAAUGCCAAUCGCGGCCAUCGAAGCAUUGGUUCUCCUCCUAACUCACUCCCCCUCCUCCACAAUAUCCGAAACCUUGGAUCUACUAGAAAGACACACGGCACACUUAAAACGCUCAAUAGCGAACCCAAUUGGUCUUUCAGCAGGUACUGAUCUUUUCCAACGGUACCUCAUAACAACACUACAAAGACCAGGCCAGCUAGGGCCCGCGGGAGAUUUCAAUGCAAUCAGGUCGCAUCUACUGACCAACGGCCGGUUAUUCAUCAAGCGCGCGAAGGAAAGCAGGGAUCGGAUUGCUGCAUUCGGAAGAGGCUUUGUACGGGAUGGAAGCACGGUGUUAACGAACGGCGAUUCUAGGGUGGUAGGGGCCUUAUUGCGGAAGGCUGCGGAUGAGCUGAAGGAAUCUGGAGCCCCCGCGGCUAGAUUUCGGGUUAUUUACGUGUUGUCGAACGUUCACACUAAGGAUGGCAAUGGCGAUGGUAGUUCGUCUGGGUCGGACCUGGAAGGUAUGGAUACGGUCACCGCACUUAGAUCUAGAGGCGUUCCGGUAGCUACAAUCCCGGAGUCGGCAGUGGCAUAUGCACUGGGGAUGGUGGAUAUGGUUAUUGUGGGCGCGGAGGGCGUGGUUGAGAACGGCGGUAUCAUAUCGCGCCUGGGGACGUAUCAAAUUGGUCUUCUGGCCAAAGCGGAGGGCAAGCCAUUCUAUGUCGUUGCAGAGAGCCACAAGUUCGUCAGGCUGUACCCACUCGGCCAGUACGACCUGCCGAUCAAACAGAAUGUUGUCGAUUUCAAAAUGGACCAAAGCAGCGAGUCGGCCAGGACAACCUCCAGCGACCAAACAGGAAGCCAAAACCACGAACAUGCAACGAAAGAACCAAGGAAUCACCUCAACACGCCACCUAGCGAGCAAACGCCGACACCUACCGAGGAAAAGAUAUCCAUAAAACAGGAUGCCGUUGAUUUCACACCUCCUCAUCUCAUCUCCGCUCUGAUUACAGAAAGCGGCGUGCUUACACCUAGUGCCGUUAGUGAGGAGUUGAUCAAGAUAUGGUUUUGAAUUUACAACCCUUUGCCUCAGACUCUUUAAAUACUUCUUUUCUUUCGUCUGUCGCUGGUUGAGAAGUUAUGCAUCAAUCGAAAGAUGAUAUGGAAUCGUUAAUAGCCUUUUCCGCCUCGAUGUUUCGUGAAAAAUAUCCGGGCCGUUCUGGCUGCUUCCCAACGGUUGCUGACAGUAGCUUCGUAAGCUCCUUAUUAGCCAACUAUAUAAUCCUUCAUUCAAAAGCAGAGCCAGACACGGGUGGCAUAAAAGAUAGGAAAUAAUAAAGUCAUCUUAACUUAAUAUACAUCAGUACAUUCACUAUUAGUAUUUAAUAGGUAUCAUAAUUUAACCCAAAACGCCCACCCCAAUUUUUACUGAAA